AUGGAGGAUGAUAGCAGCUACGAAAAUGAUCUUUCUAUCGAUAAUCCGUUUGAGCAACAUGAGCGUACGAUUAUCCAACAAGGCGACCGAAUGGACGAUAAUAGCAGCUACGAAAAUGAUCUUUCUAUCGAUAAUCCGUAUGAGCAACAUGAGCGUACGAUUAUCCAACAAGGCGACCGAGUAGGAGAGUUAGCAGCUGAGCCCUUGUCUGCGUUCGCUCCUUCACCAGAAGAGGAGCUCGAUAUUGAACAACUACAAAGUGCCAUCGCGAAGUUGAAAAAUAUUCAUGAAUUAGGGGAAAAAUCACAGUGUAUGAUGUGCAUUAGAAAACAGGAGGUUUGUAGUGAAGCUCACGCAUUUCUCAAUCACGUCAAUCGCGUACAUGCCAAAAUCCAGCUGUACGGUUGUUUGUACUGUAAUUUUGCGGGAGCUUCAAAAUGUUCAGUGAAACUUCACCUUCGUGCACAUAGAAGUUUCUUGAACCUAGACGUGAAAUUAUCUCAGUAUUUCAAAAUUAUGCCGUGA